AUGUCUGAAAGCCCAAAUUCUCUGUUCGAUAGUAUCGAGGUCCCUUUUCCCCCGUCAAUUACCGUUGACGAAUUAAUCAAGAAGCAUAUACAAAAAGGCACAGUUGACGUUAAUAGAGUGUCAAAUGCAUUUUUCAUUUAUAGAAAUGCAUAUAAUCGCGAAGCUAUGAAACUUGGUUUCAUGCUCAAGGACGUUUCCAGACUUGCCGGGAGCGCUUGGAAAAGUGAACCAGAGUACGUUAAAGAACACUACAAGAGAAUGGAGACCGAGAUUAAAUCAAGACUUAGAAUGAUGUUUCCAUUUCGUUUUAAGAAUGACCAAAACAAAAAAUCCAUUAGAAAAAAACACCGUAAAAUUACUGAUUCUACUACGGAUAGGGUUAAUCAAAAUCCUACUGUCAUAUCUGUUCCUUUUCUUAAAACCGCGGAUAUAAACUCCCAAAUAAACAUAAAAAAUCUUAAUGAUUCUACCGAUUCUUUCAUGGCCUCUAUUCCCGAGGAGUUGGCGUUGACUUAUGUAGCAAUUAUGCAGUCUCUGCCCUUCUAA